AUAACCUCAUUGAAGGAAUCAGCAGACACUUAUCUUUAAUUUGAUGUAAUAUUUUAAUGUCUAUAUACUUCUGAUACAUUUACUCGUUGUAGAGGAAAGUAACUGUCUCGAAAUGUACGCGUAGUCCUACGACUGUCCCUCUCGAGCCAUCGUCAGUUGUUACUGUUUUGCCGGAAGUUAUUUUACCACAUGACUGGGCGGACCGAUAAUGGCGAUGAUGUAAAGAAUCCGUAGAGGACAGAGUCAUUGAGGUUGCAACUGCUUUUUGCUCAUUCCUGAAUUUAGCUUUCCCUUAAGUAUAAGCACUGCCUUCCCAGGCACAGUGAUAUGGAGAAGGAGGAGGAAAAGGAUGCAAUCUCCAUCAUCAAGGCUGACCAAGAAUUUGAGUCACCAGAGGAAGAGCUGCUGUACUAUGCAAGAAAUGGUCUGACAUCUCACAUAGACAGUUUGAUUCAGCAGUGUAGUCAAGAUGGGAUUAAGCUGAAUAUCAACUGUAAGGGAAAGAAGAAAUCUAAUCGUGGCUGGACUCCAUUGCACCUGGCUGCAUACUUUGGCCAUAUCAAUACUGUCAAGGUACUUUUGGAGCAAGGUGCUGAGGUCAACCUGGUCAAUGUCUCAGGUGACACACCAUUGCACCGAGCCUCCUAUACUGGACGAGAGGACGUAGUGAGGACUUUGCUGGAAUAUGGGGCAGAUGUUGCUGUUGUCAAUGUAGAAGGUCACCAAGCAAAGGAUGUGACACGCAGUGCACAUGUUCAACAGAUGCUCGAAGCGGCAGCAUCCCAUGAAGCUCAGCAGUCCCAGAGUGAAUUACUUGAGGCUGCCGCAUCAGGGAACAUGGAGAAGCUACACCUGAUGCUUUCUUGUCCUGGAGCACCAAGCUUAAGCACUGCAGAUGAAUUUGGCAACACAGCAUUACAUCUAGCGGCCUUGAGAGGCCACAUGGAGGUUACUGUUUUUCUGCUGCAGAAUGGGAUGAACCCAACAGUGAAGAAUUCUAAAGGUCAGACACCAUGUGACUUAGCACUGUCACCGCAAAUUAAACAAGUGCUGGGUGUCACGCCUAUUAGGACUCUAAGACUACUUCCUGCACGAUUUGAAGGUGCAAUAAAUAAGAAAAGCCGACUUGUGGGCCAUCGGAGUCUGUGGGUAGUGCUGGAACGUGGCGUGCUGUCUUAUUUUCAGAAACGCGGGGAUGCUAGCACAGGAAGUCGAAGAAAAGGGAUGAAGUAUCUGGAUGAAGCCCGCCUUAUGGUUAAAGAGUCAAGUCCAUUGGAAGUAAAAAUAUUUUUUUCUGAUGGCAUUGUGCACACACUGUCUCUUGACCCAUCCCCAGAUGCUGUGAUUCUCCUUCAGAAAUGGUUAAAUGCACUGACUGAGCAUAUAGCAUUUAGUACUCACUACACCCAUCAAGGUCUGCUCAUGGAUGAGGACCGCGAGGAAGUUGUUCCCCUUGGCACAAUGAAGGACACGUUGCAAACAGCACAGGCACAUCAUCAGAUUCUGGACAAACAAGUUCAGAUGCUGCAGAACACUAUGGAGCGACUUAGUCAGUAUUUGGCAUCCCAGGCAAGCAAUAAAACCAUCAAUAGUCAGAGUGCAACAUUGAGUGACCAUCAUCAUGAAUUCCUACGAAGCAUCCAAGUGCAGGGCAAGGAACUUCUGAAAUCAUCACGAGACAUGUGUUCAGCUCUUUCUCAUGCCAUGACAAUAUUCAGUCAGCAAGAGGAGGUAAGACAGGUACAGCUGCAGGAACAAAUAGAGAAAUGUCGUGUGCUGCAGGAGUCGUUACAUGCUUUGGCCUCUGAGCAUCAUGAGCUGGAGCGUUCCCUUCACAGGCGGCCUUCACUUCGAUCUAUAAGAACUCUGACUGACAAAGAAGAAGAAUUUUAUGACUGUGAUGAUGAUACUUAUGGAUCCCCCAUCCCAGAAAGCUUUGCAGAUGCACUUUCCCAUGACCUGGUUUUUCGUGAUGAUGAUGAUGAUGUUGAUGGUGAUCAUCGAAGGACUCAGCUUCCUGUACCGAUGUUCUCACGUGCUGAUUUCAGUGUUUGGAGUAUUCUCAAACAAUGCAUUGGCAGGGAGCUGUCCAAGAUCACAAUGCCUGUUAUAUUCAACGAGCCUCUGAGCUUCCUGCAGCGAAUAUCAGAGUACUUUGAAUAUGCAGACCUGUUACGAAAGGCUGCUGUUACUGGUGACCCUUUGUUACGCAUGCAGUAUGUCGCAGCAUUUGCUGUGUCAGCCAUUUCCUCCAACUGGGAACGGAUAGGAAAACCUUUCAACCCUUUGCUGGGUGAAACCUAUGAACUGGAGAGGCGAGACCUAGGUUUUCACCUGGUAUCAGAACAGGUGAGUCAUCACCCACCAAUCAGUGCCUUCUAUGUGGAUGGUGACAACUAUAGCAUGCAUGGGUCUGUCCUGCCUAAGCUGAGAUUCUGGGGGAAGUCUGUGGAGGUGAACCCUAAAGGCAAACUCACUCUCAACCUUUCCAGAUUUGAUGAGGAGUACUCUUGGAACAAUGUUAACUGCUGCGUUCACAAUGUUAUUGUUGGGAAACUUUGGGUUGAGCAUACGGGCACCAUGGAAAUUGUAUGUUCAUCAGGGCUCAAAACAGUGCUGAACUUCAAGCAGUGUGGAUGGUUUGGCAAAGACCUUCAUAAAGUCGAAGGUUACAUCUACAGUGCCAACAAGGAAAAACUACGUGCUUUAUAUGGCAGUUGGGUGCUCGGUCUCUACUCUGCAGAUUUCGAUGAGUAUGACAGUUACGUCAAGACUUCACGUACACCAUCAAGUCAGUCAUUGAAUAAAAACGGCACCUCACCAACAGAAGCAUCCAGUGACGAUGACGCUCUGCCAGCGGUGGCCUUUGGUUCCUAUGAGCUAAACAUUCCUUCACAGGUGUGUUUGUGGCAGGCAACUCCAAGACCACCUAAUUCUGCACAGUACUUCAGUUUCACAACAUUUGCGAUGUCGCUCAAUCAGUUAAUGGAUGGGCAAGCUGCCAUUUUACCCCCUACAGAUGCUCGUUUUAGACCAGAUAUUCGGCUGAUGGAGGAAGGAAAUAUAGAUGGAGCAGCAGAAGAAAAGAAUCGGUUAGAAGAGAAACAACGUGCAGCUAGAAAAGAAAAGAAAAAAUCCAAACAGGAGUGGAUGCCUCUCUGGUUCAAGUACAAUUCUUCCAGUGACGACUGGUUGUUCACAAACCACUACUUUGAACGAUCAUGGACAGCUUGUCCUGAUAUAUUCUGACAUUCCUUCUUGGGCAGCCUAGUGCAGGCAGCAGAUCUAAUGUAUCCAUGCUGUGACUAAAGGAUUGAGUUCCUCAGCUUGGCAUAUGCGUUGGCACAAGUGUGUUGACUUCAAACUGUACAUGUAGCAGUUUGCUCAUGACAUCACGUCAGAUUAUCAGUGGAUUGUGGAAUGAAUGAUCUGUGUGAAAAUCUUACUUAAUUGUGUGUUGCGAUAGAAUUUUAUUGUUGGUUCGCUGCCUGUGACACCUAAGACAUAACCUGGCUUCGUCUAAUAGUAGAAUGAGAGUAAACAUAGAGCUGUGAUUGCACCAGAUCUGUGAUGGAGAUGGUGAAGGGGCCGGGAGAUUAGCUGUUGGUAUGCAAAUCAUGAGCUGAUGUUGUUGCUGUUUUUCUGUAUGUAGUUAUUUCUUCAGGGCAUUUUGUAUACCUAGGGCUACUCAGGUAGGAGACUUUAUGCAAUGUAAUGGGGUCAUAUUUCACCUGUAUGCUGUUAGUAAAACACAGUUCUUUCAUUCUACUAGUAGCAUUGUUAGCCUUAAAUACUUGUGCAAUUUUGACAAUUUAAUCCACGUGCACCAAAAAGCCAUAACCACAAACAAUGACACUAUUUGGAUUUCUGUACCUAUAAAAACAGUUUACUGGCAUAUGAUCUGUAAACGAUGCAUUGUGUACAAAGAGACCAGUUUUGCUUCAGGCAGGUGGCUUAAAGCUUUCAAAUUUCCCACAAGUUAAGGUAAAAUUUUCCAGCUGGUUCAAUUUCACUAAUGAAACCAGUUAUGUGCAAAAAGCACUAGCAAAUAAGCAGACCAGAAACUGACAGUUGGGCAGACACAAGCACUCAGGUAGGAGCUGCACAGACUUGAAGCACAUUCUUGAUCAACCAUGAGCAGUGCUUGGUAACAAGGCCAUGACACGCAGUGAGCAGUAGAGGUGCCAAAUUAUUGUAACAGCUUGAGUCUGUCCGUGGUCCUACAAUGCCACCAGCACAAGCACACUGGGGAAAGCUGAAUAUAGUUUAAAUAGCAUGCAGACUAUUGUGGACAUCUUUUUGGCUAUUAGAAACACAUCCUCAUCACAGCUUGUCAUUGUACAACUUUAUUGUAUGUAGUAAGUAUUGGUCCAUGACACUAGAAUCAAUUAUACAACUUGAAUUGUAUAAUUAGUCUUAAAGUCUUGUACAUUCUUGACCAGUAGCUUUCAGACUGGCUCCUUACGUCUCCAUCUGAAAAAUAUAAAUUAUUUUAAAUAGAUCUUUGCAAGGGUUUCACAAUUAAGUAUGAGUAUAGUCUUGUAUAAAAUCUUUUAAGAAUACUAUAAAAGUGAACAUUUGAAUCUAACAUAUAUCUGCAAACAAAAUACUUUGGCCACUAAAUGAUGGUCAUGAAAGAAGCGAUGUAUUUAUUGCAAGCACCGAUAAUAGUAAAAUCUCAUAGAAUGUGCAAAGUCUUACAACCCCUAGAUUUUCUUUUUCUGAUAAUGCUUGUUCACUUCCAUUUCAUAAGCUGUUGCUUUGUCUUAUGACAUGUUUGCAGCAAGGGUACUAUUGGUUCAGAUUGCAGUCAAUGGAGUUCCAUUUUCUUAAUUAAUAAGAGAAAUGACUAAAAUCUGAUGAAGCCUGAAUCCGUCCAUUCUGUUAUUGAGCUGUAAGCCCAAGGCUGUUUCUGUAGGAUGGUAAAAUAUGCAGAAGCUAAACUAUUUUUAAGAAAAUACCUUUAAAUCGUGGACCAGGCAAAAGCUUUUGGAAAUGGGAGCUACCAUAAGAACAAGUGGACGUGGGGUUGAGCAGAAGCCAGCAAUGAGCACGACUGGCAGAUUUUAAAACUUGCCCUUGUUCUCAAAUCAAAGUAUCAAAAGAGCUUUUGGCUUUAUGCAGACAAAUACCAAAACAUGGUGUAAGGAGGGAAUCAUGUUUCUAAGCUACAUUUUUCAGCUCGUACAUGUCUUGUCGCUUAAAUCUGUUCAUCAAGUGAAUAAAACAUGUUCUGAGUCCUUGAACACGGUAGUUUACUACACAUGCGGCCAGGGAGACACCUUUAAUAAAUGAGAACUGAAAGCCAUGAUUUGUUGUUGUAGACAAUGCUAGCUGCUUUAGAAAUUCUGUUUGGUUAUUCUAAGGUAAGCUGCAUCUUCCAUUCAGAGUAUGACUGAUACUUGGGACAUUAGGCUGUGCAUCUUGAUUGUUAAUUAAAGAAACACUUCAAUCAACUA